AUGAAUGGUGGCUAUGGACCUCUCAGCUAUGCCAAAAACUCCUCCUACCAGGGAGGAGUGUUAGAAUCCGCAAAGGUAAUCAUCGAAGAAGAAAUCACCACAAAAUUAGACAUUUCAACUAAUAGCUUUUGCAUUGCCGAUUUCGGGUGCUCAACCGGAAACAACUCUUUCCCGGCCAUGCACACGAUCAUCGAAGCCAUCAAGCGGAAACACGAAUCCUCAGACCUCAAAACUCCAGAAUUCCUCGUGUUCCUGAACGACGUCGUGUCCAACGACUUCAACACGCUUUUUAGGUCUCUCCCGCCUCACAGGGACUAUAAUGUUGCUGCGGUGCCCGGGGACUUCCACGGCCGCCUUCUGCCGCGGUCAUCCAUCAACUUCGGCUACUCUUCUUGGUCGCUCCACUGGCUGACGGAGGUGCCCAAGGCGGUGGCGGACCGGGAUUCUCCGGCAUGGAAUGGAGGAGAGAUAUUUUAUUGUAGGGAGAGAAGGGAGGUUUAUGAAGCUUAUUUGCGGCAGUUUGAGAGGGAUUUGGAAACAUUCUUGAAAUGUAGGGCUGUGGAAAUGGUGGAAGGUGGGAUUAUGGCUCUUCUGAUUCCCGGAGUGCCCGAGUUUUGGGACCCACGAAAGGAGUUCACCGUUGUAUCAACGGUCGAACUUCUGAGAUCUUCCCUCGUCGACAUGUCAAAAAAGGGAAGAUUGAGUGAUUCAAAGUUAGAAUCAUUAAACUUUCCACACUACUUUCCCACCCCACAAGAGUUGAGUGCCAUAUUGCAAAAGAGCCUCAAUUUCAGCAUUCAAAGAAUGGAGAUUUUGAAGACUGAAACCUUUCUCAAUGCUCAAGGACACGCAUCAUGUUUCAGGGCAGUUCAUCAAACUAUGCUUACGCAUCACCUUGGAGCCGAAAUCAUGGAUGAACUGUUCGAUUCGUACGAGAAGAAACUCGCAGCUUCACUGGCGUUCGCUAAACCCGAUAACGACAGAACUCUUGUGCAUAUUGCUAUCCUCAAGCGUAAAAUUGUUUAA